ACAUUCAAAAUUUUUCCUCCUUCUCGAUUCCCUCUCGGAAAUCAAGAAAACCGUCACCGCCGACGCUCACAUUUAAACCGCCGCACUGCCGUACGAGAUCGGAAAUCAUGAAUUCUCCGUCACGUAUUCUCUCUCAAUCGGAGCGAGAACACCUCAUUGAGAAACUCCAGGUUUUCAAGAUCCAAGGCAGAGAUAAGCGUGCGAGGAUGGUGAGUAGCGAGGCUUUGAAGAAGUAUCUGGAAGAGAAGAUAUAUCCUAAGAUUGGGGAAAGGCCGUUCUCGGUGGUGUACGUGCACACUGGCGUUCAGAGGUGCGAAAAUUUCCCCGGCCUUUCGACCUUACGAUCGAUCUACGAGGCUAUUCCGAUCAACGUCAAGGAAAAUCUCGAGGCCGUGUAUUUCUUGCAUCCUGGAGUUCAGUCUAGACUCUUCCUCGCCACCUUCGGUCGUCUUCUUUUCAGCGGAGGAUUGUACUGGAAAUUGCGAUACAUAAACAGAUUAGAUUUUCUAUGGGACCACGUGAGGAGGAACGAGAUGGAGAUACCGGAAUUUGUGUACGAUCACGACGAGGAAUUGGAGAACCGUCCGAUGAUGGACUAUGGGUUGGAGAGUGACCAUCCUAGAGUUUACGGAGCACCGUCUGUUGACCCUUCUGUUUCCAUGUACUCCAUGAGGUGCAUAGCGUAGAAUUGCAGAGCAAGAAUUGAUGCCAGUCCCUAUGGUUUUUGUUUUAGAUCUUGCUUUUGUAGUGUUUGUCUGUGCAGGAAAAAGGGGAAAGCUGAAAGGAAAAUUUCAAUCCGGAACCAAGAAAAUUUUACAUGCCUCCAGCCUCCUUAAAAUUUAUCCCCUCCAUUUCCCAUCGAAACAUACUCUAAAUUAUGCACAUGUACACAUGAAAAGAAAUGUAAGACAUUCUG